AUGCACCACACAUGUCUUCCAACUCAAAGACUGGAAACUGCUGGUAUUGCUACAGACUCGCUUAGUCCAGCCCCCAUUGCUGUGUCUAUCACACCUACAUAUAACUCGAAUCACGGUUUAUUUGCAUUGCGUCUAUGGUUAAGGACACUUGUCGUGUUCAAAGGUGCUGGGUUGGGUAUAUCUGCCAGCUGCGUUGUGCCUUCUGCUGCUUUAGCAUCAGAUUCAAACAACGGGUUUUUUCUCUCACACAUGCGUCUUAAUCGUCUUUUGCUAUUUUGCUACAUCAAAUCAACACAGAACAGAGACAACAGUGCUGUCAUACAACCACAGCUCGAUGUUUCCUUUCUUUCAGAAGGAUAA